AUGUAUGUGAAAUGGUUUGAUACACUUUUUGUCAUUUUCAAAUUUCCCGCCGUUACGUCCCAACGUCGCAGGGGAUGGAACCCAGAAGACAGAUGCCGGCAUCCACCGGAGGACAUUACAUGGGACACUGCAGGAGGGACAUCGUUGGAGCGCAGGACAAGGUAAGAGAAGAACAGAUCCCGGAGCAGCGCCGCAUUUUAAGCCCGAGUGUAGCUCAGGGUUACUGCUUGUGCUACACUCGGGAAUACCGUCAGGGAGGCUAC